AUGUCGGAAUCCAAGAGUACGACGCAAUCUAUGUAUGACGCAAAAACAAUCAUAUUUCGUGUUUUCACGGUUCUCGUUUAUAUUGCCUUUGGAAGUGCAAUAUUCCAUCUUUUAGAAAAAGAUGAAGCCGCGAGUGAGGUUGCGAAGUUUGAAGAAAACUACAACAAAACGAUGACAAGCAUUUUACGUCGUUUUAUCCUGAACGAAACUGAUAUGAAAAUCAUAAUGACAGAGAUUCGGGGAACAUUCCUACAAGAAGUAUUUCCAAAAGAAUGGGAUAUCACUGGAGGAGUAAAUAUUACAAUUCAAGCCAUCACUACAAUAGGUCAGUGGCCGUAAAUUGGGCGGUAUUAAGAUUAUAACACCGCGGUAACGAUAUUUGCAACACGAUACUGUUACAAUAUUCUUAGCAAGUAUAAGAGGCUAUUUAUAUGGAGGCGAGCCAGCCCGGGUACUGCAGCUAUCUCCCUUUGCCGAGCUGAUUUCAUCCCGUGUUUACAUGAGACUUUUGAGGUGGGCUGGCUCGCCAAAAAAACCACCGGUCUCGCCGUUAAAAGUGGUAUAUAAUAUAAAUAUAUUUUCUCGCGAACCUGAAAUUCGCACUUUUGCAGGCACCUUUCACGGUUAUAAUCGUUCACAGAGAUCUUUUUUAAGAUCGAAAUCAGUCAAGCAAAUUUUAUUUAUAAACAAUAUGUUCGCGUGAACAGAACAGUUUUACUCAUCACGCUUAUUAUAGGCGAGCCAGCCUGGGUCAUUGCGUUUAUAUGGGAAAUUCCCAGCCCGAUCACCCGAGAUCUCGGGUUUGCUCGGUUUCCAUAUAAAUACAAAAUGAAAUUUAGUAGGAAAUAAUAUCAAAGGCGGGAUCUCGCCUGAAUCUGGCCAACACGGGUAUACAGGUUGCAACAUUUUUUUUGGAGACCACUUUCUUUGGAAUAUUGGGGACAUAUAGGGAUAGGGUCCCUUACCUAACCCUAUAUGUCCCUAAUGUCCCAUAGAAAGUGAUCCUUGCAAUUUUUGCGCCUAAUAGGCAAUUCCGGUUUCUAGUUUAUGCGUGCAGGGGGGAGGUAGGAAGUAAGGUGUCAGCAUAAUCAGCAAUAUGAUACCUUACUUCCCAUCACCCCCUGCGCGCAUAAAUUAAAAGCUGGAAUUGCCUAUUUUAAGGAAUCUUUGUUUCUUUCGGACAGGUUAUGGAAACACUGCGCCACGGACAGUCGCAGGUCGAAUGUUUCUCAUAAUUUAUGCUACAAUAGGGAUCCCACUUAUGGCGAUGAUGUUAAUGACACUUGGAGAAAAACUCAAGCACAUGAUCAGAUCAUCUAUAAUAUCUUUCGAAAGAAAAAUUCUCAAGAGAAGUCGACCUCGAGAUAUCCAAAGGAAGUCAGUGGUUGCAGUGUUUGUUAUAACCGCAGUUUUGCUCUGCUUCAUUUCUGCUAUCGGUACAAUCAUUGAAAAUUGGGACUUUUCCCUGGCGUUGUAUGUUUGGUUUGUGACUAUGACAACCAUCGGUUUCGGGGACUAUGUGCCCCAAGGUAGAGGGACGUCAAAUCAAAUACUUGUAGCAUUGGAGUAUACCUAUGUAAUGAUCACGUUUUUCCUAAGCCUGACAUUAAUGGCGUGUAUAAUUCAUACGUUAUCUGAUUGGCUGAACAGUACGAAACCGCCAAGCAAGGAUGAUCUCAAACAAUCUCUGAGUCGUAUCGCGAACUCGCUUUCGACGCCUAGAGAAGAACAACCUUCAAUAAUCAUGGCAUUGCCUCGUCCAUUGCCACCCCAGGCAUUGCCUCAUCCCUAUGUGGGCACUACAUAACUACAG